AGCGUAUCGACACCACGUAUAAAUUGUAAAGUUAUGUGCACUUUGAAACUGUGAAAAGAGGAAGUUUUCAUAUUUUUGGAGUCUCAGAUUUAUCCAUUGGCUACAAUUAUGAGAUAUAUUUUUUUCGUCACAGUGUUACUGGCAAAUGGACACUAUUCUGAAGGGUUCCCAAUACGGCUGUGGCCAACUAAUUCACGUGGUACGGAAGGAUUAGUUGAGGCAUUUUAUAAUGGUUCUUGGGGCAUUGUUGUUCAUUAUUGGCCACAAUUUACCGAUGCAACGGCAACACUCUUAUGCAAAACGCUUGGUUUAAGUCAGUUCGGUUAUAGUUCUAGUUGGACACCAAUAGAAAACUAUACAGGACAUUCCUGGCUGGAUGCACUUGAAUGUUUCGGAAAUGAGACUACUGUUGAUCAAUGUAUGAGAUCCAGUUGGAGUUUUAACAUUUACAAACAGACAUUAUGGGAUUUCAGUUACGGCAGCAAACUGUACUGUACUGAUACGAAACUAAUGGAUGGGGAAACGGAGAAUACAGGUAUCGUCUACACAACAUUUUCGGGGAAGAUUUAUACCAUUUGUUACGAUGUCUUUGAUAUGAAUGCAGCUAAUGUUGUGUGUAACCAUCUACGAUACAAUGGGGCAGUGAAUUUCAGUAGUGGUGAACCUGGCUCAACACAUAUAUAUUACAAAAAUCUAAUCUGUGGAGGAAUUGAAAGUUCAUUAACACAGUGCAACACAACCAAUGAUAUAAACUGUUCCAAAGCUGUUUAUAUCACAUGCAGAGCCGUACGUUUCACCCACCGGAACGAGUACAAUUAUGAGGGAGCUGUCGAAAUUUACCACAAUGGAUCUUGGGGAUUCGUUGGUUCUUCUCAAUAUAGUUUUGAUGAAGUAACAGCUACGUACCUGUGCGAGAUAUUUGGUUUUCAAAAUGGCGCCUUCAGUACAUCUGAUCAUCUUUUGGAGACGUAUUACGGAAAGGCUUGGCUAAGUUCUUUGACGUGCAAAGGGAACGAGACUCAUAUAAUGCAGUGUGAUCGUUCGGACUUUAAUGUCGUAACUUCUGUGAGGCUUACAUAUAAGACAGGCACAUGGCUUCAUUGUUUUGACUUUAAUAUAAGAUCCAUACGACUGGUAAAUGGGUCUACGUUUUAUGAAGGCAGAGUUGAGUUAGAUGUUAAUGGUCGGUGGGGAUCAGUUUGUACAUAUUACAUGCUUUCUACAGAACUGAAGGAGUCUGCCGCCGAAGUUGUGUGUAAAUACCUAGGUUUUUCGUAA